UGCAGGGACAGUGCCAGGGGACGCAGGGCUGCGCCGCGCAGGGGCUGGAGGACUGCGACUUUGGUGAGGAUUACCGGCGGCAUUCACCGGCUGUACCGACUGCCUUUACCGUACCGCCUCGGCCGGGGCAGCUGGCGUUGCCGUCAGCGAUUGUCCUCUCUUCCCAGCGCUGACCAGCACUCUGUGCCCAAACACCCUGUGGCGGCUCCGGAGAGGGCGCUGUUAUUACAUAGAGACGGCGGCGGCCAAAACGGGGCGAGACGCGGAGAUUUUCUGCAAGAGAUUCCGAGAAACCGGCCUGAUGAGUCUGGAUACAGAGCAGGAAACGAGCUGGAUCCUGAACGUCAUUGAGCGCACGUCGCCGGAUCCGGUCGGCAAUAACACCGGUUACUGGCUGAUGGGCGAUGAGGUCCUGACCGCGUCAGCCUGUCCCGUCAUCACACCGGCAGGGCAGCGGAUCUCCAGAGGCUGCCACGUCCCGUCCUUCUUCGUUUGUGAGGGAAAAGAAGGUGCGUUAAUCCGCUGCCCGGCGGGUCCCAGAUGGCAGCACUGGCGAGGGAGCUGUUACUACGUGGAGCGCGCAGCGCGGGUUACCUGGCGAGACGCCCGACUGACCUGUAACAGUUAUAAAGAGACACGACUUCUGUAUCUCACGUCCGCAGAGGAGAUGGUGAGCAGGCCACGGAUUAACCCCCUCCGCUCCGCACGGCCGGCGGGUCCCUCUCCUGCCCUGACCUUAGGCCUUUUGCAGGAUGCCGUCUCCUCCAUGUUUGAAGGGUCCGCAUGGACCGGACUCAAUGACCUGAACGUGGAGUCUGUGUUCAGAUGGACGGCGGGCGAGGAGAUCAGCGCAGAGCUUUCCAGGUAUUUGAGGAAUGACAUGGCGGACGGAGGGUUAAAGGAUUGCGUGGAAAUUAACACCGUGGCUCGGAUUCUGACCGACAGCGAAUGCAACGAAAGGAAGCCGUUUAUCUGCAAAUGCCCAGAGGAUACCGACUGGUUCGAUGAAGUUGCAGCUCGUGGUCUGCCGGGGGAUCUCUCCGCCACGUUCCCUUCUGAGUCCGACCUCAAUACAGCUAAGGAGACGUGUCUACGGCCGAGGAGUCUGUGCUCCGCCAUUCUCAGCAAAGGGUCGCAGUUCUACCUGCUCACCACCGGAGCGGCGCUGGAGAUCAGCCCCAAUGCCACGGCUUACAGGCCUAACAUCUGUGCUCACGGCAUCAGUGGCAAUGAGUGCCUGAAGCCCCCCAGACCCUUGGUGGUCCCUUCCUGUCACUGUAGCGGGUCCAUCGCCACGUCUCUUGGAGUAGUUUGUGGCGUCCCGGUGGCGGAUUGUAUCGAAUGGUGCCUGAAACAAAAACUCCAGGAAGAUUGCCGCAAGUGUGUCCCGGCGUGUCCUGAUCAAGGUGCGGGAAUCGUGGCCCCCGACGAGGUUUCUCUAAUAUCAGUCAUGGAGCAGAAAGCCGGGCGGUUCCUGCUGCGCGUGGCAGAAGGCGACACGGAGCCACACGACGCGUCCAGAAGUAUACUCUAUCACGCACCUUGACUGACAAUGUAACCACUCGGCGCGCUGCUCCACAAAGGGUUACGCGUGGUUUUCCCCCGCCGCAGGUGGUCCGAGCCCCCGUUGGGGUUAUCGCUGUUAUCACUGAUUACUCAGGUUUUUAGUUAUUUCCGACAUUAAAUGUUUAUUGAGCCGCCGG